AUGGUAAGACACAUAAUGUAUAUUUUCAAAAUUCAAUAUUCUAAUAUUUUCAGUUUGCAACACGACAAAGAAACGUAACGACAAGAAAAUUGUCUACUAAAACCGAGAGACACAACUGCACCGAUUCGAGUAAGUUCUGAAAAUGGAGAAAUCCGUCUACAUACACCACUCUUGUUUAGGAAUGUCCGAAUCUCAGAAACUGUUCCAGCAACCUGAAAAGGCCCCUGAGAAGAGCACUACCAGCAUCCCAAACCACGUGGAUCGCCCGAAAUUGACUUCAAGUUACUCAAAUGCCAACCACUUCUGCCAGACGAGCAGCCAAUCCGAACGCUGCAGCUCGCGGAUCUAA